GUGUAACAUUCAGUCGAACAAGAAGUAUGGAGUCUUGAAUCGAAUUCGAAGAAGAGAAGAAGAUUUAACCGGCCUCUAUCGUCGAUCUGGAUUUAUUAUAGUCGAAUUUUGACGUUGGUUGGCCUUUCUGGAACAGCUGCUAUUGGCCUUGCGUCAGUGGCACUGUAGAUUAUAGCCUGGAAUACGGACCUAAAGAAUAAUGAAUAUCCAACCCGAAGUGAAUAAUAUGAACGGAAUUGGUUUAACGAACGGCAGCUCUGACGCUGCUGAAUUUUCCCAUCAAAACAACACGGAUUUGGAUACUGAAGGCUACACUCCCACAUACGAUGAAGCAUUUCCCGAAUUGCCUGUUUCAAACGUUCCCGUUGUGAGAAAUCCUGGCCCGGCCAAAGCGACUAGCUAUUCUGGCUCGAUGCAAGCUAUUCGCGCGAGCACCAUUACACAGGUUUUUCGGAUCCCCGUUGAAGAUGUUACUGCGAAACCACUCGGUGAUUUUGGAGAUGCACGUCAAACUAUGUGUCGAGAUGUGUUUACAAAGACCGGUGCCUCAAUUGAAUUGAGUUAUGCAAAGGACAAGAGUUUGAAUAUCCUCGCAACAGGCAAACCUUCACAGGUUGCAAUGGCGAAAAGAGAAAUCCUAAAGAAGCUGCAAACAGGGGUGAGAUAUGAGCUUCCAAUUCCUGUUGAACACCACAAGUUUAUCCUUGGCAAAGGUGGAAAUAAUCUGAAACAACUGGAAGCCAAUACUGGAACUCAUAUCACCAUCCCAAAGAAUGGAGUGGGUAUGGUCAUUGUUGCUGGAAUCAAGGAAGAUGUUGAGAAAGCUUGUCAUGAAAUUCAAGUUAUUUCUGACAGAAAGGCAAAAGAAGGAUUUGAACGACUGGAAAUCCCCCGAAUAUAUCAUCCAUUCAUCCAAGGACCCAAUCAAGAAACAGUACAGAAUAUCAUGAUGGAAACAGGCACGAAGAUUAAUAUUCCACCACCGUCGGUGCAAAAGGAUGAAGUUACAAUUUCUGGUGAUAAGGAUGGUGUAAAUUUGGCAAAGGAUAAAAUAAUUAGGAUCUACAAGGAAAAGGAACGAUGUGUGACUCCUGUAUCCAUUGAAGUGAAGAAAUCCCAGCACAAAUAUGUUAUUGGACCCAAAGGACAUGUAUUACAAGAAAUUCUUGCAUCUACAGGAGUGUCUGUUGAAAUGCCACCUUUGGAUUCCGAAGCAGAGACCAUAACUUUACGAGGAGAACCAGACAGACUUGGAGCAGCUUUGACACAGGUUUAUGAGAGAGCAAACAGUGUUUCAUUUGCUGAGGUCGAGGCACCACGUUGGCUACACAGGUUUAUGAUUGGACGGAGUGGAGAGAACAUUAAAAAGAUCACCCAAGAUUUAGACAAGCUGCAUAUUGAGUUCAGUGAUGAUAAGGACAAGAUUACCCUGGAAGGACCCCCACAGCAAGUUGACAAAGCCAGAGAAGCAUUGGAGACAUUUGCACGUGAACUGAGAGCAACAAUGGACUUUGCUGAGGUGGAAGUUGACUAUAAAUAUCACUCUCAUAUCAUUGGUAAAAAUGGUGCAAACGUAAAUCGUAUCAAGGAGGAAACAAAAACAGCCAUCAUAAUUCCUAAUGAUAGCGAGAAAAAGAGUGUGAUCAGGAUUGAAGGUUCUCCUCAAGGUGUAGCAAAGGCGAAGGCAGAAAUUUUGGAAAUGGCAAAGAAACUGGAAAACGAGCGUUCCCGUGAUAUCAUCAUUGAAAGCAAGUUUCAUCGCUCGAUCAUCGGACCAAAAGGCGAAGGAAUGCAGGAUAUCAGAAAGAAAUUCCCCGAGGUGCGUGUGUCGUUUCCCGAGGCAUCUUCAAAGAGUGACAUAGUGAACAUCCGUGGACCCAAAGAUCAGGUGGACAAGGUUUACGCUCAGAUGAAGAAACAAAAUUCUGAAUUGAUUGCCAGCAACUACAAAAUCGACGUGCCAAUAUUCAAGAAAUUUCACCGGAAUAUUAUCGGACGAGGUGGAGCGACAAUUAAGAAGAUUCGAGAUGAAACUGGAACAAGGAUUGAACUGCCUGCUGAGGGAACCGAUAGCAAUAUUAUUAAGAUCAUCGGCCAUAAGGCUCAGUGCGAAGAUGCUCGUGAAAAGAUUUUAGCCAUUCAGAAUGAACUGGAAAGUAUCCUGCAGGAAGAACUGAUCAUCCCUCACAAACUGCAUAAUGCAAUCAUUGGUGCCAAGGGCCGACUCAUUCGUUCAAUCAUGGACGACUGCGGUGGCGUGACUAUCAAGUUCCCACCUGGUGGUUCAAACAGCGACAAGGUGAUUGUGCGAGGACCUAAAGACGAUGUGGAAAAAGCUAAGAGUGAACUAUUACAACUGGCAAAAGAAAAGGAACUGAGCAGUUUCACGGACACUGUAAAAGCGAAAGGCGACUAUCAUCGCUUCUUGAUCGGCCGAGGUGGCGCUAAUAUAAGAAAGGUUCGUGACAACACCGGAGCUCGUAUCAUUUUCCCGACGAAAGACGACGAUGACCAAGAACUGAUUCAUAUUAUUGGAAAGAAGGAGGCUGUGCAAGCGGCCAAGGAGGAAUUGGAGAAAGCAAUCAAGCAACUCGAUAACAUCGUAGAAGACGAGGUGAAUGUCGAUGUAAAACAUCACCGCCAUUUUGUGGCACGUCAAGGUAAAGUCUUGACCGAAGUGAUUGAAGAUUUUGGCGGAGUUUCCAUCAGUUUCCCGCGCUAUAACAGUGGCUCUGAGCGCGUGGUGCUUAAGGGAGCUAGCAAUUGUGUGGCUGGAGCCAAGGAUAGGAUUAUUGAGAUUGUGAAAGAUCUGGAGUCGAUGACGACCAUUGAAGUUGUUAUUGAGCAGAAACAUCAUCGCUCUCUGAUGGGAGCCAAGGGUGCCACUGUGCAAGGAGUUCAGAAUCGUUUUAACGUACACAUCAGAUUCCCAGAGCGGUCGAGUGCUGCUGUUAACGGCUCGCCGAGCGACGAUCAUCCGACUGUGAACGGAGACGGCCCGACCUCGCCGACUGGGAACGAAGAUGGUGUAAAAAAAUGUGAUAUCAUUCAGAUCACUGGCAAGAUUGAACAAGCUGAACUUGCCAAACAAGCUUUACUGGAUCUUAUACCAAUCAAUCAAUCGGUAAAGAUUCCAUUUGAUUACCAUCGUUACAUCAUUGGUCAGAAGGGCGCUAACAUCCGGGCAAUGAUGAAUGAAUUUGACGUGAAUAUCCUCAUUCCACCCGCCAGAGAUGAGUCCGAUGACGUCACAAUCUCGGGUCCACGUGAUAACGUCGCGCAAGCUGUCAAUGCCCUGAACAAGAGAGUCGACGAAAUCGAGGCUGAGAACGAGGACAAGGCCCUUCGUAAUUUCCAACUGGAGGUAUUCGUGGACCCGAAGUACCAUCCAAAGAUCAUCGGUCGCAAGGGAGUCAUAAUUGACAAAAUCCGUAAGGAACAUGAGAUUCAAAUCCAGGUUCCUUCAAUGAAGUCUGGUGCUGAUGGAAGCUCUGACGUCAUCACUCUGACUGGUUAUGAAAGAAACUGUGAGGCGGCCAAGGAAGAGAUCGAGCGCAUGGUCAAGGAAUUGGAAGAUCAAACUACCAUUGAGGUGGACAUCGAUCCCAGAGUCCACCGACGUCUCAUUGGGGCACGUGGCGCGAGCAUUCGCAGAGUGAUGGACCAGUUUAAAGUGGAUAUCCGUUUCCCUCGCCCCGAUAACCCUGAUGGUCCCGUUGCGAUCAGUGGUGCCCCGGAUAAUGUCGAGGACGCAAGGGAUCAUUUGUUGGUUUUGGAAGAAGAAUACCUGGACGAGGUACGUGAUCAACAGGAAGAGAAAGAUUUGGUCAGCCAUUAUAUGAAUCCGCCAAGCAAGAGCAAUGAGACGCACAGCAAGAGCCGCAAACCGCAGGAAUUUGUUGUCCGCGAUGCACCUUGGAACAAGUCCUCACCACCAAUCUCCCCCAGUCCUCCACCUGCCGUCCUCAACAUGGCUGACACGGAAGAUUUUCCCGCCAUUGGAAGCGGAAACAAACCGUUUGCCGCCGCCGUGCCCUGGGGUCCACGUCAUUGAACUAAAUUCUAUUUUCAUAUCCUUUAUUUUAUGUGUAGGACGGAAUAAACAUGCAAUUUCAAUUCACAUGUACUUCUUGUCCUUGUUUUGGAAAGUUACAUUUUCUGAUAGCAUGGAAUUUUUUGUUGUUUUUUAGUGCAAUAAGCUCGUUUAUUUCACACCAUCAAGAAAUUGACAAAUCUCUACAUCACUAUAGAAAUUUAUGUAUUGACAAUAGUAACACACAACCAUUUAAAAAUAUCCUCUUGGACACGGUUAAAUUUUACUUUUGAAAGAUACAAACUAUUAUGACGAAUGCAGAAAUUAGCAUAUUUUAGUGGUGAAUGUGUUGUGGACUAUCUUGACGAGAUGCAUAUGCAAACGAAUGAAAUAUUUCUACAAUGCAUUAUGAUUGAGACUAAUAAAUUGUUUUUGCGGGUUA